GAUAAAUCAAUAUAGCUGCAGAGCAAUGACAACUCCCAAGCUUCUCUCCAUUUUUUUGUUUCAGCUCAUGCUUCUUCAUUCUUCACUAGAAUGCACCAAUGCACAGUCCUUACGAGAUGGAUUUUACCAGAAAUCGUGUCCAGCUGUUGAGAGCAUUGUAAAGAAAGUUACAGCCCAGUAUAUCUCUAAAUCGCCGUCUCUUGCUGCACCGUUGCUGCGAAUGCAUUUUCAUGAUUGCUUUAUUAGGGGAUGCGAUGGAUCAGUGCUAUUAGACUCUACUACGAAGCACAAGGCUGAAAAAGAAGCGAUUCCAAAUAAAGGCAUGAGAGGUUUCCAGGUUAUAGAUGCAGCAAAAUCAGCGAUAGAGAAACAGUGUCCUGGCAUUGUUUCUUGUGCUGAUAUUUUGGCUUUAGUUGCUAGAGAUGCUGUUUCUGCGAUCAGUGGACCUUUUUGGCCUGUACCAUUGGGGCGACGAGAUGGACGCGUAUCAAUCCAAUCAGAAGCUGAUAACCAGCUACCAUCUCCAAAUGCUAACAUAAAUCAGUUGAAAUCGGUAUUCAGCUCUAAAGGCUUGAAUGCUCGCGAUCUCGCCGUUUUAUCUGGAGGACACACGAUAGGGAUCUCUCACUGCGGUCCAUUCGCAAACCGGCUAUACAAUAACAGUGGCAAAGGUGAUUCUGAUCCAACAAUGGAUCAAACCUACGUAGCUCGACUCAAGGCCAAAUGUAAACCUAGCGAUAGCACGACAAUUGUGGAAAUGGACCCCGGAAGUGCCAGAACAUUCGACAGCGAUUAUUACACUCUUGUAUCCCAGAGGAGAGGAUUGUUUAAGUCGGAUUCUGCUCUUCUAAACGAUGACGUUACGAAAAAAUAUGUGAAUCGUCAAGUGGCAACCGGUGGAUCUGCUUUCUUUGCAGAUUUUAAGGCGUCUAUGGUUAAAAUGGGACAAAUAGGAGUUCUCACGGGGAGUGCUGGUGAAAUAAGAAAAACUUGUGGUUUUGUCAAUUAAGGAUGACGAUUUUUUUUUGUUUUAAAAUUUCGAAUAAUUCUGCGGAGAAUUAUAUAUUGUACUUUGUCUCUUAAUACAAGUGUGCUUAACUUCA